CUGAAGAUACACGAGUACGACUUACAUUCAAUUAGUAUACCAUGAGCGGCCUAGACAUCGCCCUUGCUUUGCCCGGUGUCAUCGACCUAUGCCUGAAAUACGGAAAAAUCAUCAUAACCGCAUACAAAGACCUCAAAAACGCCAACCAAGCCAUCGAAGAGCGCAAACUUACCAUCGAGACCUCCUGGAUCAAAACCUCCCAACAAUUAACCUUUCUCCGUCGUAUAUGGGACAGUCUAGGUGAGGAAUACCAAGACCUCCAGGGCCGUAUUCUCCGCGUCUUCGAACAAAAGCUCGAAGCCGCCGUGAUCCAGCUCAGCAAACUGGAAAAACAAACCAUCAUAAGCGGGAACGGAUUGCCCGACAAGUUCAAAGCAGCGAAAUAUGCCUUAUUGAAAAAGGAAUCACUCGAAAAAGCCAUCCAGGACCUCCAAUCCUGGCAGAAUGAGUUCGACACAACAUGGUUCCUCGUUAUGCGACUAGCAGAUCACACGAUCCUAAAAGACGAGUUGGUCAAGCGCAAAGGAACCGAGAAGUUAUCCGUUGCUAGACAUGUACUUGAUGCGUUGCAGAUGGAGCCGGAUCAAGCGGUCUCGCCGUUUCUUUCCCAAGAUAAGAUUCACUCGGCCACGCGGACGGAUAUUCCGCGUUCGACGUCAAAGAUCAUUGAGAUUGCGGGCUUGGGGGAGUUUAUCUUGGAUUCUGCGGACUGUUCGACCAGAAACGACGCUCAGAUAUUUGCGAAGAAUGUGCGGCAUCUGGCGAUGAGGCUUCAUCAGGUCGAUGCCAACGGGUUUCAUCUCCUUAAAUGCCAUGGUGUGGCUCGGAUUACGGACCCAUAUACCAAGCAACUUCGCUCGUUUGAUUUCAUUUUCAAUUUCCCUGAUGGCUGUCAUAAGCCGCGGAGCCUUCGGAGUCUUCUUUUAGAGGGAGGGGCUCAUUCUCUCAGUGAUAGGGUUGGUCUUGCUAAACAGCUUGCUACGGCGAUUAAUUAUAUCCAUGUGCUUGACUUCGUGCAUAAGAAUAUUCGUCCAGAGACUGUGUUGGUGUUUGAAGGGAGUGGGGCUCAUCUAGGCCCGUUGUAUCUCUUGGGAUUCAGGGCUUUUCGGUUGGCUGAUAACAAGACAUUACGAUUGGGGAACUCGGUUUGGUCGGAGAAUGCUUAUGAGCAUCCGGAUCGACAGGGGAGUAGUCCUGAGGCGGACUAUGUUAUGCAGCAUGAUAUUUAUAGUCUUGGGGUAUGUCUGCUUGAAAUUGGGCUUUGGGAGUCGUUUGUGAGUGGUGAGGGUCAUGCGAAUGCUUUGUUAGCUGGGUUUGAGGGUGGUUCUUCGGUGGACAGAUCGAUCAAGGAUUACUUUAUGAUGCUGGCGAAGAAACGACUACCGAGUAGGAUGGGUGAGAUGUAUACUCAGGUGGUUGUGAACUGUUUGUCAUGUAUGGAUGAGAUGAAUGAAGAGUUUGGUGAUCAGAGUGAGUUUGAGGAUGAUGAUGGGAUUUUGAUUGGGGUUAAGUAUGUUGAGAAGGUUCUUCUUUUGCUUAACGAGAUAACAGUCUGA